AUGUUCAAGACCAACCUAUCUGUGACAGACUCUGUGAGUGACCGGGACUGGUCCCCAGCUCGCGUCUUGUCAGGGUGCCUUCUGUUUUUACUCAUAUUGUGGACUUUGCUUGGAAACUUUACGGUGUGUGCCGCCGUUCUGUGUUACCGGCAUUUGAGAGCAAAAGUCACCAACAUUUUCAUUGUUUCACUUGCUCUAUCGGACCUUUUGGUGGCCGCUUUGGUAAUGCCAUGGAAAGCAGUGACCGAAGUAGCAGGUCACUGGCCAUUCGGCACUUUCUGUGACAUCUGGGUGGCUUUUGACAUCAUGUGCUCUACGACCUCCAUACUGAAUCUAUGCGUCAUCAGCGUGGACCGUUACUGGGCUAUCUCGAGUCCCUUCACUUACGAGAGGAAAAUGAACAAAAAAGUGGCAUUCGUGAUGGUCAGCAUGACGUGGACCGUGUCCGUGGUUAUUUCAUUUAUUCCUAUACAGCUGAACUGGCAUCGUGAGGAUUUGGGGGCACUUGUGUACAGAAAUUCAAGCACAAUGGAGAACUGCGACUCGAGUCUCAGCCGAGCAUAUGCCAUAUCGUCGUCCCUGAUCAGCUUCUACAUCCCUGUGGCUAUCAUGCUGGUAACCUACACGCGCAUCUAUCGCAUAGCCCAGGCGCAAAUUAGAAAAAUAUCAUCACUGGAGCGCGCUGCUGAACACGCGGAGAACUGCCGGGUGGGUGCGUUCGAGUGCCACCUUCACAGGGAGCUGAGUGCGCCCAUCAGAAAAGAGACCAAACUCCUGAAAACGCUGGCCGUAAUUAUAGGAGUGUUUGUGUGCUGUUGGCUUCCCUUCUUCGUUCUGAAUUGUGCUGUCCCAUUCUGCCAGAGACCUGGCUCUAACAGACCGGUCUGCGUCAGCGAGACGACUUUCGAUGUGUUCGUAUGGCUCGGAUGGUGCAACUCCUCUCUUAAUCCUAUCAUCUACGCAUGCAACGUUGACUUUAGGGACGCGUUCGCUCGUCUUCUGGGUUGCAGCGGGAUCUGCGUAAUCCGACCUGUUGGAAUUCACAGAAAUGAGCACGCCUCCAAUAACCAGGACAGUUCUGUCAACACACUGAUUGGGGUUGCCUAUACCAGCAUUCCCGCCGAGGUGGACGAAGUGGACGAAGAAACUAACAGUCAACCAGAAGGACCACACGAGCCUCUUAGAGAAAGUCUAACCGAGCCGCUGUGCAAUGUGGAGGAGUGCGGAGACGAGUGA